AAUACAACUCUCGUUCCCCCUUCGGAUUCAAAUUCAUGGUUCACAAAUAGAAAUACGAGAGAAAAAGAAACGGAAAACAAAAAGUCUAACAGUAUGUGCGCAGUUGCAGUGCCGAAGACGACGACGACGAUGACGAAUUCAUUAUUCUCAUCUCCAAAAAUUGCUUCACUACUCUACAAGUCCUCGCUGAAUUAUUGUUGUUCUUCUCCUUCUUCUUCUUCUUCUUCUUCUUCUUCGCCGAGAUCGGUGUCCAGUCCUAGGAAGCUUCAUGUUUCUGCUUCCUCACCGUCGCUGUUGCCAUCGACGCCGCAACUUCCGCCUUCUGUUUCGCCGUUGGCUGUUGAUACGGUUUUGAAGAGGAAGAGGCCGGCAAGGAUCAAUGUUACGCAGUCGAUUGAUUUUAUUGGAUUUGGAUUUGAGCAACCGGAGGUGAUGGAGGAGGAAGAGGAAGAAUACUCGGUUUAUUGUAAAAGAGGAAGAAGACGCAUCGCCGUGGAGGAUCGAUUCUCAGCCACUGUUGGAAUUCAAGGAGAUUCUCGACAGGCUUUUUUCGGAGUUUACGACGGGCAUGGCGGAGCAAAAGUGGCGGAAAUCGCAGCGAAAAGAAUGAGCGAGAACGUGAUCGAUCAAGUGACGAGAAGAACCGAUUCGGAACUUGAGGAAGCAAUCAAAGACGGCUAUCUCGCCACCGAUCGGGAAGUAUCAGAGGAAGGCGUCAGUGGCGGAGCCUGUUGCGUGGCCGCAUUGAUUCGGAACGGAAAUCUCGCAGUCUCGAACGUCGGCGAUUGUCGUGCCGUGUUGAGCCGAAGGGGAAAAGCCGAAGCCCUAACCUCGGAUCACCGCCCGUGCAGAGAAGACGAGAGAAACCGGAUCGAAAAUUUGGGCGGUUACGUAGACUAUUGUCGUGGUGCGUGGAGAGUUCAAGGAACAUUAGCUGUAUCGCGAGCCAUUGGAGACGAUCAUCUGAAACAGUGGGUGAUAUCGGAACCAGAGACGAGAAUGGUGAAGAUUGAGGACGAUUGUGAUUUCUUGAUCCUUGCUUCUGAUGGAUUUUGGGACAAGGUUAAAAAUCAGGAAGCAGUAGACAUAGUACAGAGCCUUUGCGGCGUAGAGAUGGAGAAGCCAAAGCUAUUCGCAGCCUGCAAAGAGCUAGCCGCCUUGUCAACAUCACGAGGCUCAGUGGACGACACCACUGUUAUGAUCAUCAAAUUGUCCUCAUUUCUCUGACUCAGAUACUCUCAUCACCACCCCCUUCCUUCUAACUAACAACUCACAGAAGUCGCAGAAUGAGCAGUGGCAUGAUCUAGCAAGGGCGCGGCCCCGGUAUGGCAGCACUGGCUUCGACGUUUUCCCAUUCGAAACACUCAACUGACGCCAUUUCUGACUUCAAACCAACCAAGUGGCUGAAUCACAAUCUUCUUUCUUCUUCCACAGCGAAUUAAUUCAAAUAUGCAAUAAACUUCUGAAUUUGUGUCUUCUAAUACAUGUCAGUAACGUCAAUUUGACUAUUUGACAUGUUCAAAUUUUUUUCUUAAUAUGAUCAGCAUGUAGGUUGUGAGGACCACCUCAACAACAUCAAUAGAAACCAAAAA